CAUGCAAUCACCGUAUUAGAAAACAAAGACUAAAAGAUGUCAGUCUUUGCAGUUAUUCCAUUCUUUCUAUUUCUGUUUUUUAUUCUCAGAUCACAUUUCCCCUCAUCCAAAACUAAGAAAAAACUUCCACCAUCUCCAUCAAAGCUUCCAUUAAUCGGCCACUUCCACAAACUGGGCUUACAACCUCACCGCUCUCUACAAAAACUAUCAAAUGAACAUGGUCCCAUGAUGAUGCUUCAGUUCGGUAGCGUACCUGUGCUUAUCGCUUCAUCAGCUGAAGCUGCUUCCGAAAUCAUGAAAACCCAAGAUUUGUCUUUUGCAAACAAACCCAUUUCAGCCAUUCCCAGCAAGCUUUUCUUCGGCCCAAAGGACGUUGCCUUCACCCCUUAUGGGGAUUACUGGAGGAAUGCCAGAAGCAUUUGCAUGCUUCAGCUUUUGAACAACAAAAGAGUCCAAUCUUUUCGAAAGAUAAGGGAAGAAGAGACUUCUCUUCUUCUCCAGAGGAUUAGGGAAUCGCCAAAUAGAGAAGUUGAUUUGACGGAGCUGUUCGUAUCCAUGACUAACGACAUAGUUUGCAGGGUGGCCUUAGGAAGGAAGUAUUGUGAUGGGGAAGAAGGGAGAAAGUUCAAGUCUUUGCUGUUAGAGUUUGUGGAAUUGUUAGGAGUUUUUAACAUAGGAGAUUACAUGACGUGGCUUGCAUGGAUGAAUCGUUUCAAUGGUUUGAAUGCCAAAGUGGAUAAAGUGGCGAAAGAGUUUGAUGCAUUUUUGGAGGGUGUGAUUGAGGAACACAGAGGAAAUAAGAAAUCAGACACUGAAGCUGAAGGGGCAGACUUCGUGGAUAUAUUAUUGCAGGUUCAGAAAGAAAACAAGGCUGGUUUUCAAGUCGAAAUGGAUGCAAUCAAAGCUAUUAUCAUGGAUAUGUUUGCUGCGGGAACGGAUACAACUUCCACACUUCUAGAGUGGACAAUGAACGAGCUCUUAAGAAAUCCAAAAACUUUGAAUAAGUUGAGAGAUGAGGUGAGACAAGUGACUCAAGGGAAGACAGAGGUAACAGAGGAUGACUUAGAGAAAAUGCCGUAUUUAAGAGCAGCAGUAAAGGAGAGUUCUAGGCUACACUCUCCAGUGCCACUUCUUCCUCGAAAAGCAAUUAGGGAUGCAAAGGUUUUGGGCUACGAUAUAGCUGCAGGGACUCAAGUCCUCGUUUGUCCAUGGGCAAUCUCAAGAGAUCCAAACCUUUGGGAAAAUCCAGAGGAAUUUCAACCUGAAAGAUUCCUGGAUACUUGCAUAGAUUACAAAGGCUUACAUUUCGAGUUAAUUCCAUUCGGGGCUGGUCGGAGGGGUUGUCCUGGCAUCACAUUUGCUAAGUUUGUAAAUGAGCUAGCAUUGGCAAGAUUAAUGUUCCAUUUUGAUUUCUCGCUACCCAACGGAGCUAAGCCUGAGGAUUUGGACGUGGAUGAAGCAGCUGGAAUUACUGUUAGAAGGAAGUUCCCCCUUUUAGCCGUGGCCACUCCACGCUCGUGAUUUUAAUUUUAGAGCUCAUUCUAUGCCUUAAAAACUACUAUUGGAUUACUGGUAGUAAAUAAUGUUUGGUAUGUAUCAAAUAUAUAUCAAAUGGCAUGAAGUUUGACUACACCUUUAUGAA